AUGUCGAUGUAGGGAAAAGUUUACGUACACAGACAAAUGAAGAGCAUGGGUGAUUUCGUGGGGAAAGAAAAAAAAUACAGUAUACUUAGAAAGGAAUAUUCGACAUCCAUUCUGUAGUGAAGAACACUAAAAUGAAAUCCCGCGUCGGGAGUGCUGCAAUAGGAGAGGCAACGGAAAAUCCGAAAGAGAUAGCUCCUAUAGUGAAAGAGGGAUACUUGUGGAAAAGAGGUGAAUUUAUACGUAACUGGCGUGAGCGUUACUAUAUCCUACGAGCUGACGGCACAUUUUCCGGAUACAAAACUCGAGAGGAAAGUUUGAUUAAAGGAGAAAUCCAGAAUGACUUUAAGUUGCAAGAGGAUGUGACCAUAAUAAAGCAAGAGAAACCGAAGCCUAACACAUUCAUUGUCCAGGGGGUGAUUCUGAGGGGUGGACCGGUGGACAGGAUGUACUACACAGACACCCCAGAGGAUAGAGAAAUGUGGGUGACAGCCAUCCAGGGGGUGGUCGAGGCAACAGCGACAGGUGACUGGAAUUCUUGUUUAAAACUAGUAGAAGAAAAAGAGGUGAGGAUGUAUGACAUCUCCCUGCUGUACUCCCAGGGUAAAAAUAAACAACCAUUCCAGGUCCGACCACUUCAGCUGUCAGAUUACGAUAGAGGUUUCCUUGAACUUUUAUCUCAAGAAGGCAAUAUAGGAAAUAUCUCCAAAACAGAGUUCACUAGCCAAUUUCAUGCCAUGAAAUCCUCAUCUGAUAAUUACUAUGUAACAGUCCUAGAGGAUACUGUAUCAAAUCGAGUGAUUUCCACUGCAACUCUAGUCACAGAAUUACAGUUUAACCACAGUUAUCCAAAGGUUGGAUGGAUCAAGGACAUUGUCAUUGAUAAAGACCACGCAGACCAACAACAGCUGAAAGAUAUACUUCUGAACAGUUUGAAGAAUUUAGGAGAGAAAAUUGGCUGUCGUCAAAUUGAGGCCAUCAGCUUAUCAUAUGACAGACACGAUGGAGACGUGUAGCUAUAAAGCAAAGACAAUGGAGUGCAAAUCUCUGUUUAAUGAUGCCAUGUUAACUGUGAUUUAUUUGUUUAUAUUUUGUUAUACUAAUUUUUUUUAUUAUUUUUAUUAAAAAACUGAUAACAUUA